AUGGAUAAGUCUAAUUAUUCAUCACCAUUGAUUAUUUUCAACAAUAAACAAAUAUUAUUAAAUUGCACAGUUGUUCCAGAAAAUUUAAUUCAAAAUAAUGAUAGUCACACAAUGGAUAUUGAUUCCAAUGUAAAGUUACACCCGGACUAUGCACCUGAAAAGAAUAAUAUACCAUUCUUGAAAAAAAAUCAAAAAAAAAAAGGAAGAAUUCGUUUCAAAUGUUUGCAUUGUGAAUACUUAACAUUUCGAAAACAAAAUUUAAUUGUGCAUCUUAGAGAAAAACACGAAACUAGAAAACAACUAGAAACUAAAGUUAAUAAUGGUACAUCAAAUACAACAAGAACAAUUGAAGUAUUUUCGUGUACGUUAUGUAAAAUGACGUUUAAUACACUGGAUAAAUGUAAAGAACAUAUGGCACAGCAUUUAAUAAAUACUCAUCAAAAUAAUCAAAAUAAACAACAAGAACAAAGUCGUAAAAGUAUUCAACUAAGUAAAAAAAAUUUUGAAGAUAUAGAGUAUGUUUCAAAGUGUGUGCAUUGUAAGCGUAAAUUUCGUUCUGAAAAUUCCAAAUUACUUCAUUCAUUGUGUCACCAAAAUGAUUGUAAAGAUUAUAAAUGUAGUGAAAAAAAUUGUGAUUUUAUAACACCAAGAUGGAAUGCUUGUCGUAUUCAUUUAUGGAAGGUUCAUAAAAUUGACAUUGAUAUGUUUAGCUGUCAAGUUUGUAAAAAAUAUACAACUACAACAUAUCAUAACUUAGUUAAUCAUGUAUCAAUGAAACACAAUAAAACAUUGUCUUGUGUAGACUGUGGUGCUGAAUUUCAGGAUUCGACUGCACUACAAAAUCACAGAGUAUUUCAUUCAAAAGCAAAGUCUGUAAAUAAAGAAAGAUGGUAUAUGGAAAAGACAUGUGUAAUUUGUAACAUGGUGUUGGCUAAUUCAAAAAGUUUAAAACUUCAUACAAAAAAUGUUCAUCUGAAGUUAAAGCCUUAUGUGUGUCAAGUGUGCAAUCAUGGUUCAGCAACUAAAUACAUGAUGCAAGUUCAUAUGCGGCAGCAUACUGGUGAAAAACCAUUUAAUUGCGAUGCUCCGGAUUGUAAUUUUAAAACUGGGGAUCAUAACUCACUCAGACGUCAUAAACUACGCCACUCAAAUGAAAGGCCGUACAAAUGUACCCAUUGUGAUUACAAGUGUAUCCAAGUGACUGCUCUCAAAAGUCAUAUAACGAAUAAUCAUCGUGAUAAAAUGGACAAUUCAUACUACUCAUGUAAUCGGUGCACAUUUGGAACAGUGAGCUUAAAAAGAUAUAAUGACCAUGUAUCUGGUCAUGAAACACAAGUUCAAAAUGGUCUAGAACCUAGUCCUGUGAAAUGUCAUGAGUCAAAAGCUGAAAUGACAGACGAUGAUGAUACUGCACAAGGAUAUGUUGAUGACACAGGUGGUAUAACAAUUUCUGAAAGUGUGGGUUGUGCUGUAUUAAAUUUAGAUGAUAAUGCAAUUAUGCUUACAUAA